AUGCCCCCGGGAGGAACAGAAAACACCGGCUCUUUCGUCUAUUUCGCCUUCGGGAGCAACAUGUUGAGGGAGAGAAUUCGCCUGGAUAACCCGUCGGCGACUUUUCUCGACACCGGCCGACUGAAGGACUACCGACUUGAUUUUGGUCUGUGGGACCAAAAUGCAGAGAGCAAGAGCUGGCACGGCGGCGCGGCCACCAUCCGAGAAAGCCUCGGUUCGGAGGUGUGGGGCGUCAUCUGGACCAUGAACCGAGACCACGUGGACUCCCUGGACCAUCAGGAAGGCGUCCACCGCGGCUUUUAUUCUCCGCUGGAGGUCCGAGUGGAGAGCCGCGGCCACGGAGAGAUGACGUGCAGGACAUACCAGAUGAACAACUUUCACGCACGGCCCACCUCACCGCAGUACAAACACGUCAUUUGCCAAGGCGCCCAACAGAACGGACUUCCCGAGCAUUACGUGGACGGACUGCGGGCCAUCCGGACCAACAACUACACGGGGCCAACUACGCUGGAUCGCAUCAAAAUUGACGUGAAUUAUGAAUGA